UCUGCGCGUACGCAUCUGAAGAUAUACCCCGAGCGCCGUGUACUCGGAGUCAGUUAAGCGCGCGAUUCGAAACGUUCCACAUUCGAAUUUUAUUUAUUUUUAAGUUCGUGCAGCCGUGAUAAAAUUAACUGACAGUUCUGUCUUAGUUUUUCUGUGUUUUCGUGUUUUAAAAAAAGAUAAAAAACCCCAGCCAUGGACCCGCUCGUAGUUGACGUUGUUCAUUUUUACCCGAAGGAGAACUCUCAGACACAUUACACUGUCAAAUUCGAAGUGAUAAAUGAUGAGAACCCCACCACUGCUAUCGUGCGCCGUGGUCAACCCUUCAACGGAGUGGUGCGAUUCACCAGACCCGUUGACGAGAACGAGGAUGUAGUGCAACUGGUGUUUACCCUGGGGGAUAAGCCACAGAUGGACACCCAAGGUUCCAUCUUCUUGAAGCGAGAUGUGCUACCAGAUAAGUACAGCUGGUCAGCAAAGAUACUGGACGUGCAAGGAGACACCAUUUCCUUUGAGGUGUCAACUCCUGUAAAUCUACCGGUUGGAGUUUGGGCUCUGCGUGUAGUUACAAGGAUGAAGAGUUCACAAGCGAGAGAAGUUUAUGACUUCGACCAGGACUUGUACAUCCUUUUCAACCCUUGGAACCCAGAUGACCAAACUUAUAUGGAAGACACUAACCUAUUACAAGAGUACGUUUUGAAUGACGUCGGCAAAGUAUGGGUUGGUCCUAUCAAGACAACCAGAGGGAAGCCGUGGUUCUAUGGGCAGUUCGACAGUAUUGUACUACCAGCGACUAUGUUCCUGUUGGACCGAGCUGAAAUUCCUUUCCACCAACGUGGAGACCCAGUUAAGAUGACCAGGGCUAUUUCCCGUAUCGUAAACUCCAACGAUGAUGGUGGCGUCCUCAUAGGGCGUUGGGACGGUCAAUACGAUGAUGGAACAGCUCCAUCAGAAUGGACUGGCUCCGUGGAUAUCCUCGCUCAAUACCUGGAGACGCAACAGGAGGUGGCCUACGGACAGUGCUGGGUCUUCGCCGGUGUGGUAACCACAGUAUGCCGUGCCCUCGGAAUUCCAUCCCGAGUUGUCUCUAACCUGGUGUCGGCUCAUGACGCCAACUCUUCCCUGACUGUCGACAAGUACUACACUGAGACUAUGGACGAGCUGGACUUCGACCCCAACAACCCUCAGGGCGCUGACUCCAUCUGGAAUUACCACGUGUGGAAUGACGUGUGGAUGGCGAGACCUGAUCUUCCAGCAGGCUAUGGUGGCUGGCAAGCAAUAGAUGCCACUCCUCAAGAAACUUCACUAGGAAUGUAUCAGUGCGGUCCAGCUUCAUUAGAAGCCAUCAAGCAAGGUGUAAUCGGUUUGAACCACGAUGUUGAGUUCAUGUUGGCGUCCGUUAACGCAGAUCUGAUGAGAUGGAGGAAGGAUCCUGAUUCUGAAAGCGGCUUUUCGAUGGUUGACACCAAUAAUUAUCAUAUCGGUCGUAUGAUCCUCACGAAAAAGCCGUUUGUAUUCGACCCUCUGGGAGACGAAGACAGAGAGGACAUUAUUGGACAGUAUAAGUACAAAGAGGGAACUGCCUCCGAAAGAUUGGCUCUCAUGAACGGCGUGCGGUACUCCGAAAGGGCAAAGAGAUACUACGCUGUAGCUGGUAGCGCAACCAAUGACGUCACCUUUAAGAUGAGGGACAUCGACACCGUACUCAUCGGAAAGGACUUCAGAGUCAUUUUCGACAUCGAUAACAUUUCUAAUGAGGGUCGUAACAUCAAGGCUGCUCUGUCAGCUACGACUGUAUUCUACAAUGGUGUGAAGGCUGAGCUCGUGAAGAAGAUAGAAGGGAAAGUUUUCGUAGGACCUCAAAAACAUGAGCAAGUCAGUAUCCUUGUGAAAGCAGAUGACUAUCUGCCUAAAUUGGUGGAGUACUGCAACAUGAAGAUCUCAGCUAUGGCAAUCGUUGACGAAACCAAACAAUCCUGGGCUGAUGACGACGAUUUCCAAAUUCUCAAGCCCAAUAUUAGUAUUAAGUUCAACGAGGACCUGAUCCUCAACCAGCCCGUGACGGCCGUGCUGUCGUUCGUCAACCCGCUGGAGCGCGCGCUGACGGGCUGCGAGUUCCGCGUGACGUCAUCGGGCGUGGCGGGCCGCACGCUGCGCAUACCCGCCGACGACGCGCCGCCGCACGGCCUCGUGUCCGCGCAAGUGCCCGUCCUGCCGAACAAACUUGGUAUGAUCAGCUUCGUGGCAACAUUCAAGUCGACAGAACUGAAGGACAUAAACGGCGCAGCGAGUGUUGAAGUGUUCGAAGGAUAAACGAUCUUAUUUCUGAUACGUUAAGGUUUACUUUUAAGUGAUAUGUUUACUAAUAGGUUAUAUAUUGUAUUAUUUUUUUUUAUCAAA